AUGAAGGUAGGCUAAAAUAACAUGUUUUCCAUUGAUUGUCUCGUCUUUAGCCCCAAUCCUCUCACAAAGCAAACGAUGGCGAUCGGAAUCGCCCUCAUAGCAGCCACCAUUCUGACAAAUAUGCGGGCCUUACCAGAAAUCAAAUAAGGCGCCGAAAGUAAGUGAUUUUUAUUUGCUUAUUAUUCUUGGUUUAGAUACCGUGAAAAGAAACGAAGACCGAAAGAGGCUGUUAACGAAGGUGGAGCUGCGAUUAGGUUCAUUAAUCACGGACAAUUUAAAAUAUAUAUCCAUGGUGACGUCCACAUCAGAUUUAACAACGUUAAAUUCGGGCAUGGCCAGUCAAGCGCAACCUCAUCUAAAUCCGGUCAGGGUGUGAAAUCACAUGCUAUUGAUAAAGGGACUCGUCAGGCAGAUCCUCGUCCUCUCAGAGAAAGAAAUUGGAACGAGUUGACUAAAAAUCAAAGGAAGAGUUUAAAGUAUGUCGUCUUUCUUUAUUUUUAUGGAUUUAGAUAUCGUCAAAAGCAUCGCAAGCCAAAGGAGGAUAAAGAAACAUCAGAACCCGUGAAUGUUGUCAAGAAAGAAGUGAAAGAAGAGAGUGGCUCCAACUCUCAAGACCGAUUCUGA